GUGAACACAGCCCCGGAGCACCCAAGGUGACAGAGCUGUCCAAAAACUGGAGGAUUACAGUCGCUGACGGCUGGAUCUCGCCAUCGGUCGGCGGAGGGGAGAGCCACAGUCAUGUUGUCGUCUUCCAGUGAGAGUUGAACAUCCGAGCGUUUACGACGGCCGAGGUGUGCCCUAGUGUGUGUCAAACAUGUCGGAUAAGAUGUCCAGCUUCCUGCACAUUGGGGACAUCUGCUCCCUGUACGCAGAGGGCUCCACCAAUGGUUUUAUCAGCACCCUUGGCUUGGUGGAUGACCGCUGUGUUGUUCAGCCCGAUGCAGGGGACCUUAACAACCCUCCAAAGAAGUUCAGAGACUGUCUGUUCAGACUGUGCCCCAUGAACCGCUACUCAGCCCAGAAACAGUUCUGGAAAGCAGCGAAGCCUGGAGGGAACACAGACACCGUGCUCCUCAACAAGCUCCAUCAUGCAGCCGACUUGGAGAAGAAGCAAAAUGAUUCUGAAAACAAAAAAUUGCUUGGAACAGUAAUUCAAUAUGGAAAUGUCAUCCAGCUUCUCCACCUGAAAAGUAACAAAUACCUGACAGUGAACAAGCGUCUGCCCGCGCUCUUAGAGAAGAAUGCCAUGAGGGUGAUGUUGGACACAGCUGGGAACGAAGGCUCCUGGUUCUACAUCCAGCCUUUCUACAAACUUCGCUCCAUUGGGGACAGUGUGGUGAUUGGAGACAAAGUGGUCCUGAACCCUGUGAAUGCCGGUCAGCCUCUUCAUGCCAGCACACAUCAGCUUGUGGAUAAUCCAGGGUGCAAUGAGGUGAACUCGGUCAACUGUAACACCAGCUGGAAGAUCGUCUUGUUUAUGAAAUGGAGUGACAAUCAGGAGAUCAUCCUAAAAGGGGGUGAUGUGGUCCGGUUAUUUCAUGCAGAACAGGAGAAAUUCCUCACAUGUGACGAUCACCGGAAAAAACAAUAUGUAUUUUUACGCACUACUGGACGUCAGUCAGCUACCUCUGCAACCAGCAGCAAAGCCCUAUGGGAGAUUGAGGUGGUGCAGCAUGAUCCAUGUCGAGGGGGGGCCGGCUACUGGAACAGUCUGUUCAGGUUCAAACAUCUGGCUACUGGACACUACUUGGCUGCAGAGGUGAAUCCAGAAUAUGAAGAAGAAUGCCUGGAGUCUCGCUCCUCAAUGGACUUGGAGCAAGAAGCCCUGAGAGCACGUUUGAGAAACGUCCAGGAUAAAGUCAUGUACACACUUGUGUCUGUUCCUGAUGGAAAUGACAUAUCUUCCAUAUUUGAGCUUGAUCCCACUACUUUAAGAGGGGGAGACUCACAGGUACCCAGGAAUUCAUACGUUCGCCUCAGGCACCUGUGCACCAAUACCUGGGUUCACAGCACAAACCAACCCAUUGACAAGGAAGAAGAAAAACCUGUCAUGCUGCGUAUCGGCACUUCUGCGCUCAAAGAGGACAAAGAGGCUUUUGCCAUUGUGCCAGUCUCCCCAGCUGAAGUAAGGGAUCUUGACUUUGCCAAUGAUGCCAGCAAAGUUUUGGCGUCUAUUGCUGGAAAGCUGGAAAAAGGCACCAUCACACAGAAUGAAAGAAGAGCGGUCACCAAGCUACUGGAGGAUCUGGUGUUUUUUGUGGUGGACAUUCCCAACAAUGGACAGGAUGUUUUAGAAAUCAUGGUCAACAAACCAAACAGGGAGAGACAGAAACUGAUGAGAGAGCAGAAUAUUCUCAAACAGAUUUUCAAGCUGCUCCAGGCACCGUUCACUGACAGCGGCGACGGGCCCAUGCUGCGACUGGAGGAGCUUGCUGACCAGCGUCAUGCGCCCUUCAGACACAUCUGCCGCCUGUGUUAUCGUGUUUUGCGUCACUCUCAGCAGGACUACCGCAAGAAUCAGGAGUAUAUAGCCAAACAGUUUCGCUUCAUGCAGAAACAGAUCGGCUAUGAUGUCCUGGCAGAGGACACGAUCACAGCUCUGCUCCAUAACAAUCGCAAGCUGCUAGAGAAGCAUAUCACCGCUGCAGAGAUUGACACAUUUGUUAGUCUGGUCCGCAAGAACCGUGAGCCCAGAUUCCUGGACUACCUGUCAGACUUAUGUGUGUCAAUGAAUAAGUCCAUUCCUGUUACACAAGAGCUCAUCUGUAAUGCAGUUCUGGAUCCCGCUAAUGCAGACAUCCUCAUAGAAACUAAACUAGUGCUAUCAAGAUUUGAGAUCGAGGGAGCACCUCUUGGGGAAAACUCUGUGGAAUCAGAGGAGGAUGAGGAAGAGGUGUGGUUGUUCUGGAAGGACAGCAAUAAAGAGAUCCGCAGUAAAAGCAUCAGGGAGCUGGCUCAGGAUGCAAAAGAGGGCCAGAAGGAGGAUCAGGAGGUGAUCAGUUACUACAGGUACCAGCUGAACCUGUUUGCCAGGAUGUGUUUGGAUCGUCAGUAUUUGGCAAUCAACAAGAUCUCUGGCCAGCUGGAUGUGGACCUGAUCUUGCGAUGCAUGUCAGAUGAAGACCUGCCCUAUGACCUACGGGCCUCCUUCUGCCGCAUGAUGCUGCACAUGCAUGUGGACCGUGAUCCUCAGGAGCAGGUUACUCCUGUCAAAUACGCUCGACUCUGGUCUGAGAUCCCCUCAGAGAUCGCUAUUGAUGACUAUGAUAACGAUGGGACAUCUAAAGAUGAAAUCAAAGAGCGAUUCUCACAAACUAUGGAAUUUGUUGAGAACUACCUGAGAGAUGUGGUCUGUCAGAGCUUCCCUUUUGCAGAUAAAGAAAAGAACAAGCUGACCUUUGAGGUGGUGAAUCUGGCCAGAAACCUAAUUUAUUUUGGAUUCUACAACUUCAGUGACCUCCUGAGGCUUACUAAGAUCCUCCUGGCUAUUCUUGACUGUGUCCAUGUGAGCACUAUUUUUCCUUUCAACAAAAUGGACAAAGGAGAUGAGAGUAAAGGAAGUAAUGUAAUGAGGUCCAUUCAUGGAGUAGGAGAACUCAUGUCCCAAGUUGUCUUGAGAGGAGGGGGCUUUCUUCCUACAACCUCAAGCAACACCAAUAGAGACAUAGUCAAGACCCAAACGGAACCAGAGAAACAGGACAUUCUAGUCAUGGACACCAAGCUAAAGAUCAUUGAGAUUCUACAGUUCAUCUUGAAUGUCCGGUUGGACUACAGGAUCUCUUGUUUGCUGUCAAUCUUUAAGAGGGAGUUUGAUGAGAGUAACUCUCAGAGUGAUAUAUCUGUAACUGGAGCAGUGGAAGGGCCAAAUAAUAUGCCAGGUGCAUUGGAUUUUGAGCACAUAGAGGAGCAGGCAGAGGGGAUAUUUGGUGGAAGUGAAGAGAACACCCCACUGGACCUGGAUGAUCAUGGUGGACGUACUUUCCUGAGGGUUCUUCUCCACUUAACCAUGCAUGACUACCCUCCUCUGGUGUCCAGAGCUCUCCACCUGCUCUUCAGACACUUCAGUCAGAGACAGGAGGUCCUGCAGGCUUUUAAGCAGGUCCAGCUGCUUGUCACUAGCCAAGAUGUGGAAAAUUACAAACAAAUAAAGUCUGACCUGGACCAGCUGCGCUCUAUUGUGGAGAAGUCUGAGCUGUGGGUUUAUAAGAGGCAGGGGCCAGAUGAGGGCAUGGAUGCUGGAGAGGGGCUCUCCACUGAACCAGACCAUAAAAAGGGUGACUCUGGAGGUACUGACAAACCAAAGAAAGCAGAGAGCACUAGCAGUUACAACUACAGGGUGGUGAAAGAGAUCUUGCUGCGUCUCAGCAGGCUGUGUGUCCAAGAAGGUCUGUCAGGAAGGAAGAGCAAGAAACAGCAGCAGAGGCUGCUGAGGAACAUGGGGGCCCAUGCUGUGGUUCUGGAACUCCUUCAGAUUCCGUAUGAAAAGGGGGAGGAUUUGCGUAUGCAAGAUAUCAUGAAGCUAGCCCAUCAGUUCCUUCAGAACUUCUGUGCAGGAAACCAGCAGAACCAAGCACUGCUUCACAAGCACAUCAACCUUUUCCUAAACCCAGGGAUUUUAGAAGCUGUCACCAUGCAACAUAUCUUCAUGAAUAACUUCCAGCUCUGUAGUGAGAUCAAUGAGCGUGUAGUUCAACAUUUUGUCCACUGCAUUGAAACACAUGGCCGUAACGUCCAGUACCUCAAGUUCCUUCAGACUAUUGUCAAAGCAGAGAAUAAGUUCAUCAAGAAGUGUCAGGACAUCGUCAUGGCAGAGCUGGUGAACGCUGGUGAAGAUGUGUUGGUCUUUUACAAUGACCGUGCCUCCUUCCAGACAUUGGUCCAGAUGAUGCGAUCUGAGCGUGAUCGUAUGGAUGAGAACAGUCCUCUGAUGUAUCACAUACACCUUGUAGAACUCCUGGCAGUUUGCACUGAGGGCAAGAACGUCUACACAGAGAUCAAGUGUAACUCCCUGUUGCCACUAGAUGACAUAGUAAGGGUGGUAACUCAUGAGGACUGCAUCCCAGAGGUGAAGAUCGCUUAUAUUAACUUCCUGAACCACUGCUAUGUGGACACAGAGGUUGAAAUGAAGGAGAUCUACACCUCCAACCACAUGUGGAAACUCUUUGAGAACUUCCUGGUUGACAUUUGCAGAGUGUGCAACAACACAAGCGAUCGCAAGCAUGCCGACACCAUUCUGGAGCGCUAUGUGACAGAGACAGUCAUGAGUAUUGUGACUACGUUUUUCAGUUCACCAUUCUCGGACCAGAGCACCAGCCUUCAGAUGGCCGUCAGAAGGAACGCUUCUCUGUUGGCGGUAAUAUUUCAGACCAGGCAGCCAGUCUUCGUGCAGCUGUUGCAGGCCGUUUUCAGGGUUUACCAUUGUAACUGGUUGAUUCCAGUUCAGAAGGGCUCAGUUGAGAGCUGCAUUAAGGUCCUCUCUGAUGUUGCCAAAGGCAGAGCAAUAGCGAUCCCUGUGGACCUGGACAACCAGGUGAACAACCUGUUUGUGAAAUCCAAUAACAUCGUCCAGAAGACGGCCAUGAGCUGGAGACUUUCUGCUCGAAAUGCUGCCCGUAGAGACUCUGUGGUGACCGCAUCUCGAGACUACAGGAACAUCAUUGAGAGGCUACAGGACAUCGUGUCAGCUCUUGAGGACCGUCUGCGUCCGUUGGUUCAGGCCGAGUUAUCAGUACUGGUGGAUGUUCUCCACAGACCUGAGCUGCUCUUCCCAGAAAACACAGACUCACGCAAGAAGUGUGAGAGCGGUGGCUUUAUAUGCAAGCUGAUCAAACACACCAAGCAGCUGCUGGAGGAAAAUGAGGAGAGACUGUGCAUCAAAGUUCUGCAAACACUACGAGAGAUGAUGACAAAGGAUCGUGGUUAUGGAGAGAAGCUCAGGGCGUUUGAUGAUGAGAUGGAUAUGCCUAAGCAGCUGGAUCAGAAUCAGCCAGAGAAGCUGUUGGAAGACCAGAAGAGGGGCGAGGCACUGAGACAGAUUCUGGUGAACCGUUACUAUGGCAACUUCCAUCGGAGUAGUGGGCGAAGGGACAGCCUGACAUCAUUCACCAAUGGCCCCCUCAGUCCAGUGGGACAUGGUAAAAACCAGUCAGCAUUAGGAGGGCCUGGAGGUCUGAGCCGUGGUGAAAUGAGCCUAGCAGAGGUACAGUGUCACCUCGAUAAGGAGGGAGCCUCUGACCUGGUCAUUGACCUCAUCAUGAACACUACUAGUGACAGAGUUUUCCAAGAAAGCAUCCUGCUGGCCAUUGCAUUGUUAGAGGGUGGAAACACCACGAUCCAGCGUUCAUUUUUUUGCCGUUUGACUGAAGAUAAGAAAUCAGAAAAGUUUUUCCGGGUGUUUUACGACCGCAUGAAGCUGGCGCAGCUAGAGAUCAAAGCUACAGUCACAGUGAACACCAGCGACCUUGGAAACAGGAAGAAGGACGAUGAUAGUCAGGACAAAGAUGUUCCUGUUCGAAAGAAAGCCAGAGACUCAGCAGUUGUCAUGACAGAGGAUGUGAAAGAGCAACUAAUAGAGGCCUCAUCUGCCACCAAGAAGGCUUUUAACUCUUACCGGCGUGAGGCAGACCCUGAGGACCACUUCACCUCAGCUGAUGGUCAGCCCAGCUCAGGGGACAAGAACCAGGAUGAUGGAGAGAUGAGCUUUGUGAUUGUGAUCAUGCGACCAAUCCUUCGCUUCCUCCAGUUACUCUGUGAGAAUCACAACCGGGACCUGCAGAACUUCCUUCGCUGUCAAAACAACAAGAACAACUACAAUCUAGUAUGUGAGACUCUGCAGUUUUUAGACUGUAUCUGUGGCAGCACCACUGGAGGUCUGGGUCUACUGGGACUCUACAUUAAUGAGAAGAAUGUAGCCCUCAUCAAUCAAACCCUGGAGAGUCUCACAGAGUACUGCCAAGGCCCGUGCCAUGAAAACCAGAAUUGCAUUGCCACUCACGAGUCCAAUGGUAUCGAUAUCAUUAUCGCUCUGAUCCUUAAUGACAUAAACCCACUUGGGAAGAAGAGGAUGGACCUGGUGUUGGAGCUCAAGAACAAUGCGUCUAAACUGCUGCUGGCCAUUAUGGAGAGCCGCCAUGACAGUGAGAAUGCAGAGAGGAUCCUAUAUAACAUGAGACCUAAAGAGCUGGUGGAAGUGAUUAAAAAGGCCUAUCUGCAGGGAGAGGUGGAGUUUGAGGACACAAAAGAGGAUGAGGAUAAUGGAGAAGAGGAGGAACAUGAUGCUGCUUCUCCCAGAAAUGUUGGACACAACAUUUAUAUUUUAGCUCACCAGUUGGCACGCCAUAAUAAGGAGCUGUCCAUAAUGUUAAAGCCAGGAGGAGCCAAUGGAGAGGGAGAUGAAGCCUUGGAGUUUUACGCCAAACACACAGCACAGAUAGAGAUUGUGCGUCAGGAUCGGACCAUGGAGGAGAUUGUGUUCCCUGUUCCCAACAUCUGUGAGUUCCUGACCUCUGAGUCAAAGUUACGAGUCUACUACACCACUGAGAGAGAUGAGCAGGGCAGCAAAAUCAACGACUUCUUCCUGCGAGCGGAGGACCUCUUCAAUGAGAUGAACUGGCAGAAGAAACUCAGAGCUCAGCAGGUGCUGUACUGGUGCUCCAGGAACAUAUCCGUUUGGAGUAAUGUUUCCUUUAACCUGGCUGUGCUCAUGAACCUGCUUGUCUGCUUCUUCUACCCCCUGGAGGGGGUUCAUGGAGGUAUGCUUGAUCCCCACCUGUCAGCACUACUUUGGAUGGGGGUCCUGGUGACACUGGUCAUCGUUAUCAUCAUGCCCCAACCGCUGGGCAUCCGAGCCCUGGUCAUUGUCACCAUUCUACGCCUCAUCUUCUCUGUCGGCCUUGAGCCCACCCUUUUCCUUCUGGGGGCUUUCAAUGUGUGUAAUAAAAUCAUCUUCCUGAUAAGUUUUGUGGGCAACCGAGGAACUUUCACACGAGGCUACAAAGCCAUGGUGAUGGACUUUGAGUUUCUCUACCAUCUCAUCUACCUCAUCAUCUGUUCCCUGGGCGUGUUCGUCCACGUCUUUUUCUACAGUCUAUUGCUGUUUGACCUGGUGUACAGAGAGGAGACUUUACUGAAUGUAAUCAAGAGCGUCACACGUAACGGGCGCUCCAUCGUACUCACUGCUGUGCUGGCUCUCAUCUUGGUCUACCUGUUCUCCAUUGUUGGUUACAUUUUCUUCAAAGAUGACUUCAUCAUGGAGGUGGAUCGCAUCCCCAACACAACACUGAAAAAUGGAGCCAGUCUGGCGAGUGAGUUUCUGUCUGCAGGAAUGUGUCGAGGAGGGUCUGAGGAGAAUUGCACUGCAGGGUCCAUUCAUGAAGAUGUCGACAGUGACAGUGAAGAGGACAGUGACAUGGAGAGGACGUGUGACUCUCUCCUAAUGUGUAUCGUCACAGUAUUGAGUCACGGUUUAAGAAGUGGAGGGGGUGUCGGGGACGUUCUCCGAAAACCCUCCAAAGAGGAGCCACUGUUUGCAGCCAGAGUGAUAUAUGACUUGCUGUUCUUCUUCAUGGUCAUUAUCAUCGUCCUCAACCUUAUUUUUGGUGUUAUCAUUGACACAUUUGCGGACCUCAGGAGUGAAAAACAGAAGAAAGAAGAAGUUCUGAAGACUACUUGUUUCAUAUGUGGCCUGGAACGAGACAAGUUUGACAACAAGACAGUAACUUUUGAGGAACACAUCAAAGAGGAGCACAACAUGUGGCACUAUCUUUUCUUUAUUGUCUUGGUGAAAGUGAAGGAUUCCACUGAAUACACCGGCCCUGAGAGUUACGUAGCUGAGAUGAUCAAGGAGCACAACCUGGAUUGGUUUCCUCGGAUGCGAGCCAUGUCUCUGGUGAGCAGCGAUGCAGAGGGUGAGCAGAAUGAAAUCAGGAACCUGCAGGAGAAGCUGGAGUCCACCAUGAGGCUGGUGUCCAACCUGUCAGGACAACUAACUGAGCUGAAGGAACAGAUGACUGAACAAAGAAAGCAGAAGCAACGAAUUGGUCUUCUUGGUCAUCCUCCUCACAUGAACAUUAAUGCCCAGCAGCCUGCCUGAGGACCCAAGGGCCUGAAGGGCCGGUUUUACUAGUGCCUGAGCACUUCUGACUGUGCACCACAUUGGACAGGAGUAUGCCAAAUGUUUUGCAGUUUGUACCGGGGUCGAUGUCGGACUUUUCCUCACCAGAUCCUCCCACUAUAAGUGUUUCUGCAGCGUGUUUCCUUCUGAGAGUCUGUGUGAAGUGAAGUUUGAGUCUGAGUAUGUUACUCAUGGAUGUAUUUGUGUGGGUGGAGUGUGCACCAAGUGCCUCAGGACCUGAGAAGCCAGUCCUAUAGGUUUAAGAGACGACAACACUGACUUCUGUGUUAAUUACCCAUAAUGCCUUCUGCAUUGUACUACAACAAGAGCAUGCCAAAGUUUUCAGCCAAUGUUUUUACAGGGCUGUUCUUCUCAAGUGACCUUGUAUUGAGGUUUUAAUCCUCAGUGUUACAACAGCAAACUCAGGUCACGUUUGGAUUUGAAGGUUUUUUUUUUGUUUGUUUUUUUAAUUCUACAACACAUUAUUUAAUAUUUUUGCUUCUGUCUGGCAGCAAUAGGAAUAGAUGAUAUAUGCAAUGUCUGAAAAAUAAACUAUUUUGGGAACUGGUACUUUUAUAUUGAAAAUGAUACUAUACUUUAUUUAACAUUUGGAGACAAACAGCUUCUCUAAACAAUAUUAGAGUUUACCUUAUUUUCCAGAGUUUGUAACAUUAAAACUCAUACAUUGUUAUUUUUUAUUAUCCUAAGGGCAAGCAUUUUAUAUUGCAUUUAUAAGUCUUUGUAAUCUCAAAUGAAGACUCCUCUCAUUCCACAAUGCUUUAUUAUUUAAAAAAAUAAAAAUAAACAGACCUUGUUGUCUGUUGAAAAAAUGCAGGCCUGUAAAACUACUAAUUUAAUUAUUAUAUUGAAAAUGACUGGGAAGAAGGAGCAAAUCAUGUGACUACUUCAUUUGGAAGCUGGUUUCAUGUUGUGCUGAAUAAAGGGAUUGAAGUCACAUUUAAAGCUAAAGGACUUUGGGAGCAACAUUAAGUCUGAUUUAUUAUUUUCUCUGAUAUGUCUGCACUGAAUUAUCUAAUCUUCCUUUACUUCAUUUAGUCUUUAAGCACUGAUAUUUUCUGUAGCACAAAUGAUUGUUUUUUUUUUGUUUGUUUGUCACUUUGUAUAAGUCACUAGAGAAUGACUGAGUGUAUGUGAGGAAAAAGAAGACUUCUGGUCAUUUGGGGUGCUGCUUUACCAAAACAAAUUUUUAUACUAAGAGACUGUUUGUGUCUGGAUUGUACAUUCCAUCCUCGGAGUUUAUUUAAAUAAACAAGUGUGCUAAAUAAGUUAA